AAACAGCAACCCAUAUAUGCUAUAACUCUCUCUCUCUCUCUCUCUCUCCCUCCAUUGGAGAAGCCCGACAACCAAUAAAGAAACAUAGACAUUUUCAAUCAUGGAAGAGUCAGAUUUACCAGGAUCACACCCAAAUGAACAAAACCAGCAACCAACAAGAACACCUAAGUUGUGGUUCUCCUCCUCCACUAGCGUCCACGUUACAGCACUAGACGGCAUAGUGAACGUCAACGCCCUCUUCACCGUCGCCGUCUUCAUCGGACUCAGUCUCACCCCAAAUUCAUCAGACCAAAACAGACAAAGCAACAACAACAAAUCACCGUGCAUUCCUGACAAUGAAGCGGCCAGGAAUCUUGUCGUCUAUGAUGUCGUCUCCUUCAGCUUCUUCCUCUUCUCAUCUGUCAUCGCUCAGGGUCUCAAGCUCACCAUCAACAUAUUGAACAGCAACGAGGUUGAAGAGCACGUUAAGGCUAACAUUAACCUCGGACUACUCAAGGUUGGGAUGUUGAGCGCGGCGAUUGGGUCGGUGAUGGGGUGCUUGUUCUUGAUGCUUGCAAUGGUUAGUAUCAUCGAGAUCAAGUUAGGGUCAUUCUCUUGCGGUGGCAAGACGGUUUAUUCGGUGGCGACGUUGAUUACAUUGGUGGCCAUUUCACUUUCUGCAUAUAUAUCCACCGCUGUAUAUGCUUUUAUCAAUUGA